UUCUGAGCCAUGGGGGAAACAGAGGAGGAGGUGUUCCUGGUGGCCAUCUUGAAUGUGCGGAGUGAUUGUUUAGCGAAAAGAAUUAAUAACAAAUUGGAAAUAACGUGAAGAUUUGGGAAAUUAAGAUUUAUGAGAGUGGGGCAUCUAGAAAAAGAAAAGUUAACUCGGAAACUCCAGCCCCAGUGGAAGAAGGCAUGAAGACAGUAUCCUAGUCAACAGUCAUGGCUGACAAAAGAAAACUACAAGGUGAAAUAGAUCGAUGUUUGAAAAAAGUAACGGAAGGCGUAGAGCAGUUCGAGGACAUUUGGCAAAAGCUACAUAAUGCAGCCAACGCUAACCAGAAGGAGAAGUAUGAGGCCGACCUUAAGAAAGAAAUUAAAAAACUACAGCGUCUUCGAGACCAGAUCAAGACGUGGGUAGCAUCCAACGAGAUCAAAGACAAAAGACAGCUCGUGGAAAACCGCAAACUCAUAGAAACGCAAAUGGAGCGGUUUAAGAUCGUGGAGCGGGAGACCAAGACCAAGGCCUACUCUAAAGAAGGCCUGGGCCUGGCCCAGAAGGUAGACCCAGCCCAGAAGGAGAAGGAGGAGGUCGGACAGUGGCUAACGAAUACGAUAGACACCCUGAACAUGCAGGUGGAUCAGUUUGAGAGUGAAGUCGAGUCCUUAUCAGUCCAAACACGCAAGAAGAAAGGAGACAAAGAGAAACAGGAUCGAAUUGAGGAGCUGAAGCGUUUCAUCGAGAAGCACAGGUACCACAUCCGGAUGCUGGAGACCAUCCUACGCAUGCUGGACAACGACUCAGUCCAGGUGGACUCCAUCCGCAAGAUCAAGGACGAUGUGGAGUACUACAUGGACUCCUCCCAGGACCCCGACUUUGAGGAGAACGAGUUCCUCUACGACGACCUGGACCUGGACGACCUCCCUACCUCUCCCUCUGUCUCCCCCCCACCAUCUCUCGUCUCUCUAGCCCAGACGCUGGCGGCCUCCCCCCCCCCAGGGAACUCUCACCUGGAGGAUGAGAUUUUCCAGCUCUCCAGCAUUACGCCCACCUCCACCACCUCCUCCUCACCCAUCCCCCCCUCCCCUGCCACUUGCACUACGGAGAACUCUGAGGAUGACAAGAAAAGGGGGCGUUCGACAGACAGCGAAGUCAGUCAGUCUCCCGUCAAGAACGGCAACCCUUCCUCAUCGUUAUCCUCCUCUUCCUCCUCCUCCUCCUCGUCAUGCUCUUCCUCCGGAGCCUCCUCGUCCUCGAUGGUCUCUAUGGCGACCAUGGCAGGGGGCGGUGGCGGUGGUGGUGCAGGGUCCAUCACCGGGGGCAACAGUCUCCUAGGAAGCAUGGGGGGUCUCCUCUCCAACGCUGGCAGCUAUAGCAACGCUACGCAGCAGCACGCUCAGCAGGCGUCUCUGCCGCAGCACCAAACCCAGGCCAAGAACUCUCUCUCCUCCUCUUCCUCCUCCUCCUCUUCCACGGCCCCCUCCAACAGCAACCCCUGCCCUUCGAACAGCAUCCUCCUCCCCUCCUCGAUGGCAUCCUCACCCCCCAACGCCAGCACCCCCAGCCCCCUCACACCCAGCUCCCAGCCCCAAGCCCCGUCGCCGGCCUCCAGCCUCAGCCUAGGUUUGGGCCUGAGCAUGGGGAAAGGAGGGGCCAUGUCGAGCUCCUCGGGCCCCAACCACAUGUCCGGUCUGGGGCUGUCGGGGAUGCCGGCGUCCCUGGGCUCUAUGGCCGGCCUUCUGCCAGGCUCCACGCCUUAUGCCCAGGCAGCCGCCUCGGGGCCUAUGGGCAGCCACAUGGCCGGGGCCAUCGGCAGCGGCUCCUCCUCCAACUCCGCCUCCAACUCCGCCUCCAGCACCAUGGGACCGUUUGGCGGGAACAUGCUCAGCGGAGGCUCAUCGUCCUCCACCGGCCUGCUGGGCUCAGCGCCGGGCAUGGUGGGCAUGGGCGGGGGGAUGCUGGGCCUAGGGUCAGGACCGCUGGUGCAGGGCCCGCCCCUGGUGGCCCCCAGCCCUAUCGGAGGGGGCCUGGCGCCCGGUGGCAGUUUGGGGGUCAUCGGGAGCAACAGCAGCUCAGGGUUGAUGGCGCCAGGCAGUGGAAUCGGCGGAGGGAGUUUGGGUCUCCCCAGACCACCGAGUGGACAGAAACAGAAUGGUAGCACUAGUUAUAGUGCUAUUGUAGCAGACAGCACACCAGAUUCCGCCCUUAACAGUGCCAGCCAAUCACAAAGCAGCCAAGCCUUGUCUAUGAACUCCACAGCCAAUCAACCGAAAGACAGUGGAUCCAGCCUCCUGGGAUCCAUGACUCUGCCGCCCAGCUCCCCUUCACCCUCUUACAACGACAGCAAAGCAGCAGGGGGCAGCCAACUAAAUGGGCCGCUCUCCUACAAUCAGGCCACUGACAGUAUGAAGCCUCAGGAGCCACUGAGCAGCCUCAAGUCCAUGGCGGAGCGAGCGGCUCUGGGCUCAGGAAUGGAGGGAGAGAUGCCCUCUCUGCACCUCGCCACGGACAUUUUCCCCAGCACUACGGGCCCCCCGGGGACCUCCAUGGCCCCCCAGCCCUCGCUGUCAGAGGUCAGCAUCCCCCCGUCACUGGGGGUGUGCCCGCUGGGGCCCGUGCCCCUGUCCAAAGACCAGCAAUACCAGCAGGCCAUGCAGGAGUCGGCCUGGACGCACAUGCCACACCCCUCUGACUCAGAGCGGAUCAGGCAGUACCUGAUGAGGAACCCCUGCCCCACCCUGCCUUUCCACCACCAGGUGCCACCACCUCACUCAGACUCUGUGGAGUUCUACCAGAGGCUGUCAACAGAGACUCUGUUCUUCAUUUUCUACUACCUGGAGGGCACCAAGGCCCAAUACCUGGCAGCUAAGGCACUGAAGAAGCAGUCGUGGAGGUUCCACACCAAGUAUAUGAUGUGGUUCCAGAGACACGAAGAACCGAAGACCAUCACAGAUGAAUUUGAACAGGGCACCUACAUUUACUUUGACUACGAGAAGUGGGGCCAGAGAAAAAAAGAAGGGUUCACGUUCGAGUACAGGUACCUCGAAGACCGGGACCUUCAGUGAUGGACACAGAGCAAGGGAUGACCGGACAGAAGGAAAAGAAAAGAUAGAAGGACUACUGUCGACAUUCCUGGAUUGAACUCGACCCUCUGGGAAGAGAGAUGGAUGCACUGCUUCAAGCUCCUCCCCCUGCCCCCUGCAAAGCCACACCCACCACAUUGCUAAACAACGCCCACUCCCACUUUGGCCCCUCCUUUUCCUAUUUUGUUUUGAUUGAAGCUUUUAAUCAUACUCCUAACUUAACUGGACCCCCUGUUUGUUUUUUGCUAAUAAGUAAAUCAUGACGAUAAUGUUUUGGUUGUUGUACUGUCGAUUUUAUAUUGUUUUUAAAAUUCACGCCUCAACUUCUUCUUCACAUCCCUGAUCAUCUUUAUAACCAAAGAUAAUUGGUUGAAUCCCUUAUACCUGGCAGUGUGUUAGUCCAACAAUAGUGUGUUACAUGCACAACAUGAGUUAAGUCAGGAGAGCCCUUCAGGGUGUGUAGGGUGAGGUGGUGGUGGUCUUAGUGGAGACUGGGUGAAACACUAGGUGAGGGGAGGAAUAAGCACUAGCAUGCUACAUCAAGGGCUUAUUCAAAAAAACACGUCAUUGAAGCCUCUGAAACAACCGCCUCUCCUCUGGGUAUUUGAACUCUAACUUUAAGCACUGACAACUCUGCCAUAGACUGCUAUUUAGCUAUACCCCUCCCCCCAGUACCUGUCAUUAGUCACAAUAGGAGCGCGUGUUCCUCAAACCUGUGUGUCCCGGAUGGGUGGAGAUUUCCAUUUUUGUACAAUUCUUUUGCCAUUGGACCAAAGGUAAAAAUUGCCCAAAUUACCCGGGCUGUUCACGGUUGAGAAACAUGCACACCUAGUGUGAGCUUAUUGCUGUUGUGACAGCACACCUACACAACACCAGCACUGAUGCAGCUUGUCGGUAGUGAAUGUUUACAGUGGUUCAAUCCAAGCUGAUGAUCUUACAGCGGCAUAACUGCAGACAGCGUCACAUCAGCCAUCACUUUUCUACCCACGUUUCAUAAUGUCCUCACUUUUUUUUUUUACCUCUUUUGUUGUGGUUCUGAUUGCAUUGCACUUCCAAUUUGAAAGAAACAACUCACUCAGCCAAACCCACACAGGUAGAUCUUUCCUUUACUCAGGAAGUGUUUAAUAGAUCAUUUGUGAGGAAAUUUACCAGUAAAGACAUCCAUAGCAGCACAAAAGACCCACCCCUCCCUCAUGCUUAAGAAAUCUUAUUUUAACUGCUCCCUCCACCACCAUAAACAUCUAAUUUCAUAAGGCUUUUAAAGGAAAAUCCUCCAAUGUUUGGAGUUAUAUUUUUUUUGUCUUUGUUUUUUUUGUUUGUGUGCCUGUGUUUUUUCAGACAAGAAAAAGCAUUUCAGUGGCUAAGAAUGAAUGAAAACCCCGUUUUGAAAAGGAUGUGUCCAAGUGUCAGCUGGGGAGGUGUCAGACAGAGCUCCUGCAAAGCAAGGCGUCCACGGACAGUUCCGUUCUCAAAACCAUUUCCCCUUUGGUGGUUGAGCAGCAGGGAAGGGCAUUUACCAUCAUCCCACAGCUCAAAUGUGAAAAUCAUUUCCCUCAUAAAGGUGUUGUACAUGUGUUGUUUCCAUCCUUCUCGUUUGUCAUUGGGUUGUCAUCUUGACAGCACGUACAAUGACACUUGCAAAGUGGAGCCGGGGGGUGGGGGACGGGUCAAAGUAAAUAUGACAUAACCAUGAAUAAAGGAUUGUAAAAUAUGAAUAAAAGAGUUACUUUUCAGAAA